UGACCACCAAACAGAGACCCUAUCUCAAUAUAACCACUCAUCCAUAUUCCACUCCAACUGAACAGAUGCCCCCCAGUUAAUAGCACCUCCCUCUUGAUUUUUUCAAUACCUAUCAGCAUGACAAUCUCUCGCUUCUUCCCUUACUAAUCUUCCUUAUUUCCUCCGUCUAUCUAGAAAGCUUUUCUAUGAAGUACUAGAGAGCCAAAGCCAUGGCUGCCUGUGGAAGUCUUCAACACAUCUUUGAAAACCCAUUACCUCCGGAUAACCCAAAAUCCCAUUCCAUAUGGAACCAAAUCAAACCGAUAGAGCAGUCCUCCUUCACUGAGAUCUUCGGUGAACUUCAUUUCAAAGAGAAUUCUGAUUCUUCUUCUUCUUUGUCGCCAUCCUUUCAUAUGCCAUCUUUUGCUGACUUUAACUCACAAACUGGUGCUAAACAGCUCAACAAUAAGAGUACUAUUUUUGACAAGAAUUGCGAGGACAACAAGAAGACUCCAUCUUUGGAGGUUUUUUCAGGCACCCAAAAGACCCAGUACAGUCACAAGAAAAGUGUGAACUUUUUAUCCAUGAAUCAUGAGAGUCUGCAGUUAUGCACUGAAGGACUUGGGUUUGAAAGCUCUGAUGAUGUAGAGGACAUGAUUAAUGGAGACUGGGAACAAAAAGAAGAGAAAGCCAUGAGAACUACUAGGCAAACAAAAACAGAGAAUCUACGUGGCGAGUUGAAGAGGUCAAGGACAAGUAAAGCGGCAUUUCCUCCUCCAAUUUCUUGUAUUGGAGAGAGUGGGAAGCCUUGGGUUCGCUUCAAGUCUUACAGGGAAGACGGCAGGUUUGUUCUGAAGGAGAUGAGGAUUCCAACUCCCGAGUUCUUGCAUGCUUGUAGAGAAGGUGGACGUCUGAAGCUGCGUUUUGUGCAGCCAAACAGUGAAAUUACUGAAGAAGAAGAUGAAGAAAACUAUGAUGAUGAAGGGGAUGAUGGUGUUGUAGAAGACGAGGAUGAGGAAGAAAUUGGACAGCCAUGAGAGUACAUGAAAACGAAAUGCAUAUGCAGGUAAGUUGAAUUUCCGCCUGUUUUUUGUUGCCCAGAAAGGGAUUUUUCAGGAAGAAAAAUAGAGAGAUGUCCAUAUACCUAUAAUUCAAUCACAUUUCUUUCUUUGUAGUU